UUGGGCGCUGAAAAGGAAGAGCCUACUGUUGUAGUAGUACCAACCAGUUGGACUAGCUAGAGGAACAGCAGGAAUCACUAAAACAGCGUCUAAUCUUACCGAGUUACUUUGCUUUCGAGCAUCGUGACAGAACGCAGAGUUUGGACCAUGGCCGAUAAAGAAGUGUAUGAUGAUGCAGUAGAAGAAAGGGUCAUUAAUGAAGAGUACAAGAUUUGGAAGAAAAACACACCUUUCCUGUAUGACCUGGUGAUGACUCAUGCCCUGGAGUGGCCCAGCCUUACAGUCCAAUGGCUUCCAGAUGUCAACAGGCCAGAGGGGAAGGACUAUGCCGUUCACAGGUUGGUUUUGGGGACCCAUACGUCAGAUGAGCAGAACCACCUUGUGAUUGCCAGCGUCCAGGUGCCAAAUGACGAUGCCCAGUUUGAUGCCUCGCACUACGACAGCGAAAAAGGAGCAGAGUUUGGUGGAUUUGGUUCAGUAAGUGGAAAAAUUGAAAUUGAGAUCAAGAUCAACCACGAGGGAGAGGUCAACCGAGCCCGCUACAUGCCCCAGAAUCACUGCAUCAUUGCCACCAAGACUCCCACCUCCGAUGUGCUGGUUUUUGACUACAAUAAGCACCCAACUAAGCCAGAUCCCAGUGGGGAGUGUAGUCCUGACCUAAGGCUGAAAGGCCACCAGAAAGAGGGUUAUGGGCUUUCCUGGAAUCCCAACCUCAGCGGCAACCUACUCAGUGCCUCUGAUGAUCAUACGAUCUGUUUAUGGGACAUUGGGGCCAACCCAAAGGAAGGAAAGAUUGUCGAUGCCAAGACCGUUUUCACCGGCCACACAGCAGUGGUGGAAGAUGUUUCCUGGCAUUUGCUCCAUGAAUCCUUGUUUGGCUCUGUGGCUGAUGACCAGAAACUCAUGAUAUGGGACACUCGGUCUAGCACCACAAACAAAGCCAGCCACGCAGUAGAUGCCCACACUGCUGAGGUCAACUGUCUAAGCUUCAACCCCUAUAGCGAGUUCAUUCUUGCCACUGGUUCUGCUGAUAAGACUGUUGCACUGUGGGAUCUGAGGAACCUCAAACUGAAGCUCCACUCCUUUGAGUCCCACAAAGAUGAAAUUUUCCAGGUACAAUGGUCACCUCACAAUGAGACGAUCCUGGCCUCCAGCGGCACUGACCGGCGUCUCAACGUCUGGGAUCUCAGUAAAAUCGGGGAGGAGCAGUCAGCAGAAGAUGCAGAGGAUGGCCCACCAGAGCUGCUGUUCAUUCACGGAGGCCACACAGCCAAGAUCUCUGACUUCUCCUGGAACCCCAAUGAACCCUGGGUCAUCUGCUCAGUGUCAGAGGACAACAUCAUGCAAGUCUGGCAGAUGGCGGAGAAUAUCUACAAUGACGAGGAGCCAGACAACACCCCUGCAUCAGAGCUGGAGGCUCAGGGAUCAUAACCCCAGCUCGGCAUGAGUCUCUCUCCAGGCACGACCUCCUACCCCCCCCUCCCCUUCAUUUCCUGAGCUCUAAACCCAGCCCCACCUGUCGUUUCUCUGUCUGGCUUAUCAAGUGCAAAAUGAAAAGUAUGCUCUCCACAUCCACGUGGAGAGUUGCAGACAGCAUGGACACUUCCCUUUCUUACAGACUUCAGGCUUCUUGCUUACAUGUAACACUUCACCAGGCCCAGGUACCCAAAACACUUAAACACUUGGAGUAGUGGUUCAGGUGGUCGUAUCUCUAGUGAUUGUGGUGGGAUUUUGUGGUGAAGCUGCUUUUAAGACUCUUUGAUGCAGAAAACUUUUAUGUGCACAAAGUCUGUAAGCUAUUGUUAAGACCAGUUGAUAUCAAAGGGCUUGUGCAAGAAAACAUCUGUCAUUUCACAUUUUGACUCAUGAGUAGCCACAAACCACUAACCAGUAAACUUCCCUAAAGACACAAAUAUGUAAGGAAAUGUGGACAACAGAAGACUACCUGGUCUACAUCUGUCCAAACUCAUUUGUAAAAUGCUGACCAAUAUGGUAAUUUCUGGGGGAGCUUUAUUUCAUACCUUAUUUUCCCACCUGUCAAGAACCUGUGACAGUUAUUUUCCCUUAUUGUACUUAGAAACAUUCCCUGCUGUGUUUGCCAACCGUUCAUAAGGUACAUAAACUCUUCAGUAUUUGAUUGAGUAAAAGGUGUGGCACUAAAUUAGUGCACUUGAGGGAAACGCACAUCCUUUUCCUCUCCUCUUUCUGUCGUUACAUAAUGUGAAAUUGCCAUGUUUUAUUUCAUGCACCACAAAUUGCAAUAAAUCUUUUUUAACUUUUCAAAGAGAA